UUGUUAAGUGUGGUUUGCAUGGAUUAUGCAUGGGGCUGUGUGACACACUCUCUUUCUCUCAGUGGAAUCAGAAAGAGGAAUGAGGAGGUUUGGUUUAACAUCACUGACAAUUCCUGUGUGAGAGUGCAUGUGAGCGUGGUGUGUGUGUGUGUGCGGCAGCAUGUGUGCUUGCGUGCGACAGCAUGUGUGUGUGCUUGCGCGUGUGUGAGCUUGCUUGCUUGUGUGAGUGCUUGUGAGCGAGCAUGAGUGUGCUUGUGUGCGUGAGUGAGCGUGCUUGUUUUUGUGUAUGUGUGUGUGUGAGCGUGUUUAUGUGAGCGUGCUUGCGUACGUGUGCUUGCUUGAGCGUACCUGCGAGCAUGUGUGUGAGCGUGAGAGUGCUUGUGAGCAUGCGUGUUUGUGUGUGAGCGUGCGUGUUCAUUCGCGCGCGCGCGCGUGUGUGUGAGUGAGUGCGUGUGUGAUUGUGCUUGUGAGCGUGCGUGUUCCUCUGCCACAUUGCCCUCCAGUUCUAUAGCCACCUCUUCAUGGACAAGUGGUCUCUCUUGGAAUCAGUUUACUGGAGGUGUUGCUUGAUGUUAAUGGCACGAUGCUUUGGGAUGGUUCUAAAGGGCUGCAUAGGGCUCUGGCCAAAAGUAGGGCACUGAGGGGAAUAGGGUGGACAUCACAAAGGAUGUUAGAGCUGUAGCUACUCAUUGGCGUGCAGAUUGUGUCAGCUUCCUGUUACGUAAACACCACAUGACCACUUUUCCCCUCUCGGUCGGAAGCAAAACAGUGGUUAUGUCUCAAAUGUACCCCUAUUUACUAUAUAGUGCACAAGGACUCUGGUCAAUAGUAGUGCACUAUGUAGGGAAUAGGGUGCUAUUUGUGCUGCAGACAGUGAAUCACUGGGAUUAGAUUUGUGUGACGGUCUUUGUGGUAACCAUCGACAUGGUGCAGAGACAUAAGUCUGUAUGCAGACUGCUGAUGCACAUCUUGCCAGCCUCGUUAGAGAGGUACAACCGGCAGCACCCACACAGAGAACACCGAAACAAGGCAGAGGGAGAAAUAGCAGAGAAAGAUGGAAAGAGUAUGAGGCACAUAGAGACCAGAGGAGGCCAGAGUGGACAGACAAUAGGAAGCCAAAAAUGGUCUGAAAGGCAAAGGGGAAAUGUGUAGUCAUGGUUGAUUAACCCCUUACACUUCUGGAAAUUGGCCUAUAUGGAUAUGGACACAUUUGUAAUAUUUCCAACAGGAAUACUCUAAAAAGCAUAUUCAUGACUAUGUCUUUGAUAUCAUUGAUCAUAGCUGAAAAAAACGUAGGUGUUAUGGAUUAACAUCCUCUGCCUUAUCAUGGAUGGACAGUUACCUAUUAAAUAGAACAGAGGGUUUUCUUUAAUGGAAUCCUCUAACCCGUCGCAAGUCCCACUGUUUGUUGCUUAUUUAUAAAACCCUCUUAGACCUCACUCCCCCCUAUCUGAGAUAUCUAUUGCAGCCCUCAUCUUCCACAUACAACACCCCAAAAGCGCACACAUCCCUCUGUCACUCGUCUUUUCAGUUUGCUGCAGCUAGCGACUGGAACGAGCUGCAACAACACUCAAACUGGACAGUUUUGUCUCCAUCUCUUCAUUCAAAGACUCAUGGACACGCUUACUGACUGGCGGCUUUGCAUUGCUGUGCUGUUGUCUGAGUACAAUCAUUAUUGGGCAAUGUUUUGUUCUGCUGCCAUGUUGUGUUGCUACCAUGUUGAUGUCAUGUUGUGUUGCUACCUUGCUGUGUUGUAAUGUGUUGCUGCCAUAUUAUGUUGUCAUCUUAGGUCUCUCUUUAUGUAGUGUUGUCUCUCUUGACGUGAUGUGUGUUUUGUCCUAUAUUUUAAUUUAAUUUAUUAUUAUUUUUAAUCCCAACCCCCAUCCCCGCAGGAGGUUUUUUGCCUUUUGGUAGGCCGUCAAAGUAAAUAAGAUUUCUACUUAACUUACUUGCCUAGUUAAAUAAAAAAAUAUGCAAAUUCAGGUGAGUGGUGUACCGCAGGGCAGCCGGCUUGGACCAUUAUUGUUUUCUGUGCUUACUAAUGACCAUCCACUGUCCUUAAAUAAAGCUUGUGUGACCAUGUACCCUGACGAAUCCACAGUAUACACUUUGGCUGCAGCAUUACAAUAAAUAACUGACACAUUUAACAUAGUGCUCCAGUCAGUUUUUAGAAUGGGUAACUAGCAAAAGGCUAGUGCUAUAAAUAUCUCAAACUAAAAGCAUAAUUUUUGGGACAAAUCAUUUGCCCAACCCUAAACCUCAUCUGGAUCUAUACUGAACAAAAAUAUAAACUCAACAUGCAACAAUUUCAAAGAUUUUGCUAAGUUAUAGAUCAUAUUAGGAAAUCAGUCAAAUUAAAUCAAUUAAUCUAUGGUUUUCAUAUGACUGGGAAUACAGAUAUGCAUUUGUUGGUCACAGAUAAUAUUUAAAAAAGGUAGGGGCGUAGAUCAGAGAACCAGUCUGUAUCUGGUGUGACCACCAUCAUGCAGCGCGACAUCUCCUUCGCACAGAGUUGAUCAGGCUGUUGAUUGUGCCCUGUGGAAUGUUGUCCCACUCCUCCUCAAUGGCUGUGAGAAGUUGCUGGAUAUUGGUGGGAACUGGAACACACUGUCGUAAACGUUGAUCCUGAGCAUUCUAAAAUAUACUCAAUGGGUUACAUGUCUGGUGAGUAUGCAGGCCGUGGAAGAACUGGGACAUUUUCAGCUUCCAGGAAUUGUGUACAGAUCCUUGCGCCAUGGGGCCGUGCGUUAUCAUGCUGAAACAUGAGAUGCCGGCGACACGACAGUUGGCCUCAGGAGCUCAUCACGGUAUCUCUGUGCAUUCAAAUUACCAUUCAUAAAAUGUUUGCUGUCUGUAGCUUAUGCCUGCCCAUACCAUAACUCUUCCGCCACCAUGGGGCACACUGUUCCCAACGUUGACAUCGGCAAACCGCUCGCCCACACGAUGCCAUACACAGGGUCUGCGGGUUGUGAGGCCGGUUGAACGUACUGCCAAAUUGUAUUAUGUGUGUGAUGCGUGGUUGGGAUACAACUGUGAUAUGUGGUUGUCUCGACUGUCUAUCAUAAGAUGAAAGCAGUAGCUGUGGGUCGCUCUGGAUUGGGGCGUCUGCUGAAUGGCUGAAUUGUAAUGUAAAUGUAGUGCAUUCGGAAGGUAUUCAGACCGCUUUACUUUUUCCACAUUUUGUUACGAUAUAGUCUUAUUCUAAAAUUGAUUGAUGUGGGAAAACAUUUAUUCAAUCUACACACACUACCCAUAAUGACAAAGCGAAAACAUGUUUUUAAAUAUUUUUUUGCUAAUAAAAAAAUAUUUAAAAAAUGCUUAAUUACAUAAGUAUUCAGACCCUUUGCUAUGAGACUCAAUUGAAGUCCCCUUAUGGUAAAUUCAAUUGAUUUGGUUGGAAAGGCACAUGCCUGUUUCUAUAAAGUCCCACAGUUGACAGUGCAUGUCAGAGCAAAAACCAAGCCAUAAGGUUUAAGGAAUUGUCCGUAGAGCUCCGAGACAGGAUUGUGUUGAAGCACAGAUCUGGGGAAGGGUACCAAAAAAUGUCUGCAGCAUUGACGUUCCAAUUUUGCUCAAGGUGUGCAUAAUCAAGUCAAACCAAUUAACCAAUUAUAUUUUGUACAUGUAAGUAUAAAUAAAUUGUGACGGUCAACUACUGCAUGACUCUCAACAUACCACUGAAAAGGUUGCUGAGUUAUUCAAAGCCAUUUGCAGACAUUGAAAACAGCAUGUUGGAUGCUUUGCAAAGAAAACUGUGUCCAUCUGAGGGUAAGUGUUCUUCUUUCAUACACGCACUAUACUGUCAUUUUAAAGGGAUAGUUUACUCAGACUACAAACUAACGUGAUUUUCCACCUACCUUGGCAGUAGUUGAUUCAAGAAGAGUUUCCUUUCGACACUUAAAGCCAUAGUUUGUUACUGUUAGCAUUCUCAGUCAACGCGUAACAUUAAACUGUUCUUGUGCCUGUGUAACAAUGGGGCGGGAGGUAGCCUAGUAGUUAUAGCGCAACCGAAAGGUUGCUGGAUUGAAUCCCUGAGCUGACAAGGUAAAAAUCUGUCAUUCAGCCCCUGAACAAGGCAGUUAACCCACUGUUCCCCGGUAGGCUGUCAUUGUAAAUAAGAAUUUGUUCUUAACUAACUUGCCUAGUUAAAUAAAGGCUAAAUUAAAAAAUGUAGAGUAAAACACUUAUUUUGGAGAAACAUUUUAUUAGCAUGUUGUUACUUAAUACUUUGAUAAUUGCAUUUGAAUUGCAUAGGAAUUUGCUGAGUUUGCUGAACUAUUGCACACGAGUGGUGACUGUUCCUGAUUUCACUUACGUAAUAACUCCAUUAUUAUGCAAUGCUAAGGCAAUUUCCUAAGUCCUAUGUAACGAUAUUGCUAUCUUACUACACAUGUAUAAGAACUUUGUCAAGUGUUGCAGUAUUAUGUCUCACUCAUUAUGAGAAUAUAUUUGUUAGUCAUUUUGAAGCUGCGAAAGUGGUCUACUCUAAUGUUGAGGUGAUUCCAUGCCCCUCAUGUAUUUAAUUCUAGGCUGUAGGCUAUAUUAAGAUUCCUAUCCAAGAGCCCUCCAAACCAUGUGCUUAUGAUCACAUAUUUAGACUAAUUCAACUAACGUUUGUAGUUUUUGGUUCUUCGUCAAAUAUUUGGUUUCAAAAUAACUUGCAUAGAUUCAAAUACCUUUUUAAAUAUGAUUUGGUUUUCUGGAGAGAAGAGAACAAAUUUUCAAGGGUUUGAGUAAGAGGUCCAACUGGCGUCUCCGAGUGGCCACACGCCUCUUCAAACUAUGCACAGUUCAGAAGUCAUUUCAAUAAACAAAAUGUGACUGAAGGAAAGAGCCUUCAAUAUAAACGCCUCCAUCGCACCUACAGCGUCGUUACAUUUUGGCACACCAGAAGUACAUUCAAUUCCAAUGGAACGCCGCGUUUGCUUUGCAGCAUGGCGUUGCAGAGGCAGUUGCAGUGUGUUCUGUGUGGCGCAGACGUUGGAUUUAUCCAACAUAUGCAUCAUAUUUUAUGAGCGGACCGCUUGACAGAAAUGGUAGAAGGCGAAUGUUGAACUUUUUGUUGCACACGUAUCCAGAUGAUGCUGCGUGCUAUUUUACGCAAUGACGCUGUAGGUGUGAUCAAGGUGUAAUGUGCUUUGUUUAGCUCUCCUAGCUUUGCCAUUGACGAACUGAAUCAAGUACACUUGUAGUUUUUUUGUUUGUUUGGAACACAGCCCUGUGUCCGCACCAUCACACAAUUACUGUUGUUUACGCAAUCCAAAAAGGUCCAUUUAUAAGUCGCAAUCUGGGUCAGGUGGGGAUCAUUUUAAAGCUUAUUCUAUCGCCAACAUGGCUAGCUAAGUUGUAAAAUACGAUCUUACAGUUUUGAAAGGCACUUCAGACAUACAUAGAAAUGAGCCUGAAUGAUGAAGCUUUGCAGAAAACUGAGGUGAUAAAUAAUUUAAAGGGGAAGUGCAGUAAAACUAGAUUUUCUUGUGUUUUUAUAUAUUUCCACACUGAGAUUGGAAUAAUAUUGUGAAAAUUAUGAUAAUGCAAUUUUAGUGUAUUUUAGCUGUUUGAAAAGUGCCUGAAAUUUCAUCUUGUUUGGCUGGAUGGACUUUUUGGACCACCUGGUGACAUCCCCAAGCCGUGUAAGUUAAUAGACCAAUAAAGACAACAACAGCAGCUAGUUUUCAGGUUACUCAUCUCUCCCAUUACGUUCCUACAAUUAGCCCCUCUCUCACCACUCCCAGCAAAAUUAUUUAUUGCGAAAUUAAAUUUUCUAAGAAGUCAUUUAUUUAGUCCUUUUUGACCAUUUUAAAUUUAAAACAGAAAGAUACUUUAUUGUUACCAAGAAAUUAUUUGAUAUUGAGAUAACAACGGCUGCAUUUGACCUGUAUCACUGCCUCGCCGAUUGACGCGGGCCUUUCUGUUAUUUGGUUGAGAGGAAUGCCCCAGACUCUCGUUGUCUUUGAUAGGCAGCAGAUCGACUCACCCUGGCAUGGGGUGAGUUGACAGAUGUGCUGUCCUUAAACCAGGGCCAGCCUCUCUGUCUGUGUCCCAAAUUGUAUCCUAUUCCCAUAGCGCACGGUAAAAAGUAGCGCACUAUAUAGGGAAUAGGGUGCCAUUAGGACCAAUGGCAGACGGGAAAGGUAGCAGAGCUACAGAUGAGGGGAUUGACUUUGAGAGGGGUGAUGAUGCCCUGCGGCAGAGGGUGCGGGCUGUCUUACCCUGAGCUGGACCGCCUCCCACUAGUGACAUUUGACCCGAGAGAGAGGGAGAGCAUGGGUUGUCCCCUCUUGCAUCCCUGCCAGCUCAUCAGUAUUCAACUCGCACUGGCCCAAGAGCUCUGCUUAAGUGUGUGUGUGUGUGUGUGUGAGGCCCCUUAGCUCUGUUCAGUCCAGACUCAAGCGCUGUAUUACUGUGGCUCCACUUGGCUCUUGGCAUUAUGGCAUAUGCUAACAGAACAGCAGUUUUAUCUGGGUCACAGGGCAUCUUGGGUAGCCCAGCGCUACUGGCCAUGCCCUUGCUUUGGAUGCGUCCCAAAUGGCACCCGUUUGCAUUUAUUUCACAACUUUUGCCCAGAAACCAGAGUAGUGCACUAAAUGGAGAAUAGUGUGCCAUUUGGAAUGUAACCUUUGAGUCACACCUCAUUCUGCUUCCUGUCGUUUAGCCUACAUUUUUCCCUGUUAUCCUUGUGCGGUAGCCUGGUUAAACCUGACUGAGAGCUGCACUCACCAAGUGAAACAGUGUUCAGUUUGUUUUAAAUUAGUUUGUGUGGUGUAUUUCGACAGUCCUGAAAUGACAGAGAGGAUACAGAUGGGUUGGAGAAUCAGAUUGAAGGAUUGGAGUUGGGAAUUGAACCCCGGUAUCCGGUGGUGUGAGGAGUGUACAUGAGUCGUAGCCAGGAGUGUUACUGUUAGACUAUGGUCGCUGCACAUUCAGUAUGGUUCAACCAGGCUAUAAUGUAAGGUUGGGCAGUAUCCAGAUUUUCCUACCUUCGUACCAUACCGAGGUAUACGGUAUUACCAGAAGUGCACAAAGUCCGCUCUUUCCAAACUUUAAGCAGGAAACACGUAGAGAAUCUGAUUGCCGAUACAGUGGCAGGCCGUUCCUUCCCUUGCUAGAACAAAAGACGUACCGACCUGGUACCAACGAAACUGCCGUUUCUGCUUGUAGAAUUCUAAUGCUCGGCAGUGGCUGACAACUCGACGUUUAGCCAAUUAGAGAGCACGGACCUCCACGUGGGGGAGCCGACAGGAGCGACAAGAAAAAAUAAAAUAGGGCACUUUUUCCUGUCUAGUCCACCAUUUUCAUCAUACUUGUUCUAACUAAAAAAAAUAAAACUGCAUAAUAGUUAAAAAAUAUAUAUAUCUUUUUUAAAUCAUCCUUUAAGUCUAGCUAAAGUUUGUUAGGUUUGAUAAUGUACACUAGCUUAUUAGGUUAGCAAGGCAGUCCAACACACUUCAUAUGAAACGAAUGGGGUGGUAAUAAGUGCAGCUCAAUGCAAACAGCACUAAAUGCUUUACCACUCUAGCUAUAUGGCCACUGUAGCUAGUAACAUUACAGUUCAAUCAAUGGAUUUGUUCCCAUGAAGUAGACAGUACAGUGUGAAGGCAGACACUGCUUCUCCAAUAAGAUAUCCCCGAUCACACUUAUAGGUGACGUUGACAAGCUAAGCUCAUGCGCAGAAACACGUUAUUGGGGGGGUUAACGAUCAUCUCUCACCGAACUGCGCAGGCCGGAAAAAAUCAAAGGCACUCCUUUGAUAUAAAGUAGUGGAUUGAUUGUCUCUGCUGUAAGCAAGACGCUUAAUCUUGCUCUGGAUGAGACCAUCUGCUAAAUGCCUGAGUCCAAAAUGGAACUAUUUUGCCUGUUCCCUAUAGUGCACUACCUUUACCCAGGGCCCAAUGGAGAAUCGAGCUACAAUUUGGGACAUUUACAAUUUUGUCAUUUAGCAGAUGGUCUCAUCCAGAGCAAUUUACAGUAGUAGUGAGUGCAUACAUCUUCAUACCCUAUGGGAAUCGAACCCACAAACCUGGCAUUGCAAGCCCCAUGCUCUACCAACUGAGCCACACUGGACCCCAGUCUAUGUCGUCAUAUCUCUGGCACCAGUUUUGUUGAUCGGAAUAUAAAAGGAUCUGCAUUGUUCAGACAUCUCCGUGAAUCUAUUAUCUUCACAGUAAUUUGCUGCAAGUCAAUGGAACACACACUGUUAACAUUGGAUUUCUGAUCUUAUCAUCUGAAGGGGCUUUAAAUGAAUCCCAAAUUCCCGGCUGUGUGCCUCAUCUCUCUGGUUAAGACUUUAUACAACUACAUUAUGGUCCUGAAAAAUAACACAUGCCAUCCACAAUAACAAUUUGUGCAUCUCUCCCUCUCCUUCCUUCCAUCCUUCUCUCUCCUUUCUCCACCUCCCCCUCUCUCUCCUUUCUCCACCUCCCCCUCUCUUUUCUCCAGGUGAACUUUGUUGUGUGCCAGCUGUUUGCCCUGUUGACAGCCUUCGGGUUCCGUCUCUAUCUCCAUCCCAGUAAGACCAGUCCCUUUGUCAGACAUGUGGUGGCCACGCUACUGGGAUUCUACUUUGCUCUCUUCUGUUUCGGCUGGUAUGCUCUCCACUUUCUGGUUCAGAGUGGGCUCACCUAUGGCAUCAUGAUCCUAACAGGAGUGGAACACAUGCACAAAUACUGUUUGGUGGUGGCCCUGGGGUAUCUAAGCUUCUGCCAGAUCACGCGUGUGUACGUCUUCGACUAUGGCAUGUACUCUGCUGACUUCACAGGGCCUAUGAUGGUGAUAACACAGAAGAUCACCAGCUUGACGUUUGAAAUCCACGAUGGAAUGUGCCGGAAAGAGGAGCAGCUGACUCCAAAUCAGAAAAUCCUGGCUAUAAAGAGGAUGCCCAGUCUGCUUGAGUACUUCAGCUACAACUGCAACUUCAUGGGCAUCCUGGCCGGCCCCACCUGCUCUUACAACGAUUACAUCGCCUUCAUUGAGGGUACGCCCUGCCGUCGCCAUAGAGACCAGCAGACAAAUGGGAAGGCCAAUGGCAGGCACAAACAAACUGACCCCUCUCCAAACAUUGAAGUCGUCCGUAAACUGGCCACCUGUUUCUUCUCCCUCAUGGUUUUCCUGUCCGUGUGUAAAGUGUUCCCUGUGGAACGGAACAUCGACGACGACUUCAUCGCCACCACGCCCUUCUACGCCCAGGUGGUCUACCUCUACCUGUCCAUGCUGACCACCCGGCCCAAGUACUACUUCGUCUGGACACUGGCCGAUGCCAUCAACAACGCAGCAGGCUUUGGGUUCAACGGAUACACCAGUGACGGCUCACCACGUUGGGAUCUCAUCUCCAAUCUGAGGAUAACGGAUAUUGAGUUUGCCACCAGCUUUAAGAUGUUCCUCGACAACUGGAAUAUACAGACGGCACAUUGGCUCAAAAGGGUGUGUUACGAGCGCUGUCCCUACAACCCCACGGCGGCUACCUUCAUCCUGUCGGCCAUGUGGCACGGAGCAUAUCCUGGAUACUACCUCACCUUCCUCACCGGCAUUGUGGUCACACUGGCUGCACGCGCCAUGAGACACAACGUGAGGCCACACUUUCUGGGCUCGCCGUCACAUAAGCUAGUGUACGAUGUGAUCACGUGGGCGGGCACCCAGAUUGCCAUUUGUUACACUGUGGUGCCUUUUGUGCUGCUGUCUGUCGGGCCCUCUAUGAAGUUCUACAGGUCCUGGUACUUCAGCGUCCACAUCGGCUGUGUUCUCCUGGCCGUAGCCCUGCCAGUCAAGCCCCGACACCUGCGCCUGAAAGAGCAGCAGAAAGGCCUGCAUCUGGCCCCCAUCCUCUCCCACCUGGACUCCACCUCCACAGACAGCAACUGCAACCAGAAGACCAAGGCCACAUGAAGCAGAACCAGACCAGCUAACGGUGGACACACAGAGAGACUAGCACCGAGGACUGCAGGGGACUGUCCAACACUGUAUUAAAUCCACUUAUAAAGAGAGAGAGCGAGGUGGAUAGAGGAGUAGAUUCUAACAAACAAACUCUGACAAACCUGACCAACCUGCCUCUGUUUGUCUCUGUUUUGGAGUGGGAUGAUGAUUCUCAUUCAGUCACAUGGCACUGAGACUGAGCAGCAACCACACCAUGGAGGGAAGGAUGUAUGGCUUUGGGAUAUGUCCAAAAUGGCACUAUAUUCCCUAUUUAGUGCACUUCAAAGGGAAUAGGGUGCCAUUUGGGAUGCAUCUCUACUGUAUUAUGAUGAUUUGUGUCUGGGGUGGAGUGGGAUGGAUGGGUCCCGGUGAUGAAAUGCCAGUAUUGUACUAUUACUGUAUUAUGGGAGUAUGCAGACUUGCCUUAUACCCUUUGUCUCUUUCUCCACAAUCUUUUUUUUAAGCUUUUGUGUAUCCUUCUCACAUUGGAUAUUGUCUGGGCUGUGUUUCUCACUUGAGGUGAACAGGUUUUAGUAUCAGGUGGGCGAGAUUGAAGUGUUCUCUCAGUUAACGGUGACAAAUUGGUGUUUUAGUCCUGGUGAAAAGCAAAUGUAAGUUAACUUCUCUAUGAUACAGGAAGUUAGAAGAAUUAAAGAGAAGGAAAACAAGAUGGCAGUGUUCUCAAUGUCUUUUUACAUGAUAUGAUUCAUAGUCUCAACAUGGAAUGUGUACAAAUUGCACCCCUUUCCCUACAUACAGCAGUACAGUUAUUUUGACCAAAGCCCUAAGGGCCCUGGUCAAAAGUAAUGCACUAUUUAGGGAUAUGGUGACAUCCAAGGACCUACUCCAGACUGUUUGCUUUUACUGAGUGAUGUUAUGGACUGACUUCAAUGCCACUGCUGUUUUAUUCAGUUAAGUCAUUGUAUGCUUUUUACAUAACGGCACCAAGAGUAGUUACUAACUCCUACUUAUUCAUGAUUUAUGUGUGUCAGUAGUGUGAGAGGCAAGAUGGUGUAGUAUUUCCAUGUGUAGAGGUCAAUGUUUUGUCAUUUCAUGUACUUGUUAUUUAUGUGAUUCCAAUGGACUUGUGGUAUGUUCGACAAAGGUGAAAAGGUGGUGUUAAGGUAAGAAAAUCAACCUGACAUACUGUUAAGUUGGAGGUGAAAGGGACAACAUUACAGUAUUUAUGAACACUCCUCUUCUUCAGACAGUUCUGAUUCUAUUUUCAUUACAGGGGGAAGUGAAAACUAAACCUACUUCUUCUUGAGUCUAUUGUGAGUUAACUAUGGUAAUUGUGAGAAACCUUUGCUUGGGGCCCUGGUGAAAGGAGAAUGGUGCGCUCAUCCUAACCCCUCAGCCAACCGCGCUACUUGUUCAUGUGGAUGAUGUGGAUGGUUUGUUUUUGUAUAUGAUGUGAUUAAAAGAUUGAUCUUUUCGCAA